AUGAAUGAAGUGUUUCAAUACGUUGAAUCAAAUCUUGGUAAGAAUUUGAAAUAUAGUGAAAAAUUGGAUUUUUUUGUUACUUUACCAAAUAAUUCAUCAAUUCAUGUUAAACAAUUAUAUUAUGAUAAAUAUCAAUCAUCUAAUGUUAUUAAUGAUACAAAUUUUGAUGAGAUAAGAUCUAUCUUACCUUCAAAACUAAAAAUUAAAGAAUAUUUGCAUAAGUUUACAUCAAUUUAUGGAUUUUUCCCCAUUUUGAAUAUUCAGAAAUUUGAUUUGGUUAUUAAGAAUGUUUUGAAUAAAGAUGUUCUAGAUAAUAAUGAAUUUAUUUCCCUCGGGAACCUUCUUGUUAUGUUAAAAGUCAUUGAUUAUUUAAGUGAUGAGAUCUUAGAUUCUAAAUUCAUACCUAUUGCUGAACAUAUCUUGAAGAAAUUUGGUGGUGAAAACCUCAAUAGUUUAAUUCUAAUUAACCUUUUGAAGUUCUUUUAUCAAGUUUCCCCUGAUGAUUUCCUGAAGAAUAAUUUAAGGAAAUUUCAAAAAUAUGAAAUUGAAAGUUUAAGAUUAGCUUAUUGUUUAGGAAUAGAAUUCAGUGAAAAUAAUGAUGAUAAAAAAUUAUGGUAUUUGAUAAAUCAACCAAACCUUAACAAUGUAAUAUUAAAUGGAUUUCCUUUAGAUUUAGCUAAAAAUCAUAAAUUGAAAAUUCCAAAUGUAGAAAUGUCAUUUCUUAAUAAUGACAAUGAUCAAUGUCCAGAAAGUAAAUCAGUUAAUCAAACAAGUUUGGAAAAACUUCUUGUAGAUAAAAUAUCAUUCUAUCCUAACUUCCAAAUCAAUUAUAAUAAAUUAGUCCAAAGAAUUCUUAUAUCCAAAGAUCAUAUCAAUUUGAAUGAAGUACUUAAUAUUCUUCACCAACUAAAAUUCAAACUUCCCUAUGAUAAAAAGUAUCCCAAAAACAUUUACAAACUUUUCAAAAUUGAAAAUUUCUUUCAUGUUACUUACAUUAAAAUCAUUCUCCUUUAUCAUUAUUUUAAAUAUUAUCAAAAGGAAAAAUCCCAUAAAAGUAACUCGGUGUUAGAUUGUAUGUUGAAAUUGAUUUAUAAAAGUUUAUUACCAAUCAUUGUGAAGAUUUAUUCCUUUGAAAAUGAACUUAGUAAACUAAUUGAUUUAAUCUUCUCCCCCAUUGUAAAUAAUUUGAUAGAACUAGUUUGGAUGAUCAAUAUUUCUUUGAUUAUACAAGUAAAAUCCCAAAUUGAAAACAUUUUACCCCUUGAAAAGAUCUUAAGUAAUGAUUAUUAUAAUAACUUGGUGGUAUUUCAAAAGAAAUUGAUCAAUUCAAAUAACCUUUUAUUGAUAAUAUUAAAAUCUAAUAAGAGAAAUUUCCAAAAUUUCAAACUUUCUAUUAUUUUGCCCAUCUUACAAGAUAAUGUAUUAAAUGCCAAACAAAUCGUUAAUUUGAAAACUCCAGUUGAAGGCAUUGGUGAAGACUUUAUAGUUGAUUUUAAAAACCUUAUCAAUGAUAAUUUGCAUGAUUAUUUAGCAUUGGUGAAUUCCAAAUUGUUCACGGAUUCAACCGAUUCUGAUGACCUUGAAUAG